CUUUAAUCUGAAGCAAAUCAGUCAACAGUCCUAGUUGUAGAUGCCCUUUUUUUGCGACUUCUGUUAAACUAAACACGUCCUUGUAAGGAAGGAUACGUCUCUUCAUAAAAACUCUCACUUCCCAUUACUGUUUCUGCUUCAAAAUUUGAUCGUCUUAUUCUCCAAAAAUGAGGUCUCAGAUUUCCAGAUCUGCGAGGUCGCUCCUAUCUUCUGCUUCCAAGCGCACAGCUCGAUCAUUUUCAGGUGGAGAAGCAGCAGCUGCCGCUGGUGCAGUUACAUGCAGAGGAAGAGUGUCAUCUUUAGCUUCAUACAGUUUAUCGAAGUCGAGAAAUGCAUGUGGGGGUUGGAUACCUGGACUCCUUGCCCUUCCUGCUGCAGCUUUCAUGCUUCAAGAGCAGGAAGCACAUGCUGCACAGAUGGAGAGAACGUUUAUCGCCAUAAAACCGGAUGGGGUUCAGCGAGGACUGAUUUCUGAGAUUGUGUCGCGGUUCGAACGAAAAGGCUUCAAACUCGUAGGAAUCAAGAUUAUAGUUCCUCCAAAGGACUUUGCUCAGAAGCAUUAUCAUGAUCUCAAGGAUAGGCCUUUCUUCAAUGGGCUGUGCAACUUCUUGAGCUCUGGACCAGUUGUAGCCAUGGUUUGGGAAGGUGAAGGGGUGAUCAGAUAUGGGCGCAAACUCAUAGGAGCCACUGAUCCUCAGAAAUCAGAACCCGGCUCAAUCAGAGCAGAUUUGGCUGUUGUGGUGGGAAGAAACAUCAUCCAUGGCAGCGAUGGCCCCGAAACCGCCAAGGAUGAGAUCAAACUGUGGUUCAAACCUGAGGAGCUGGUGUGCUACACAAGCAAUGCCGAGAAAUGGAUAUACGGCACCAACUGAUUUCACACUUUUUCAAAAUCUAAAUAAUUGUCUGCUUUAAAUAAACACUGGCGGAAGCUUACUCAUUAUUAGGUGAGAGAUAUAUACUUUAUCAAAUUAUGCAGCAAUAUAGUCUUCUAUUACCACUCUUUGUAUUUUGGCUUUCGCCAAUCUAAUGUUUGGAUCUAUUUAUCGAUCAAUGCAUGUCCUUUUCCACUGCUUCUUGAAA